AUGUUAAGGAUCGACGAAUGGCUUAACCUAAUCGAGGAGUGUCUCGCUCACGAAGUUCAAGUGAUACGUGAGAAAGCAAUCAAGGCACUACCGCUAUUGUUCGACCAGUACUUGCGCGACGACACUCGCAUGUAUGGCGACAUAACGGCCAAGCAGAAACGCACACAACUUAUGGAGAGGUACUGCGAACAGCUGCAAUGCACUGGCGUUAAUGGACUUGUAAUUAGAAUGGGAUAUGCACGGGCUGUAGGUUCUCUACCCAAAUUCGUGCUAGCCGAACAUCUUCCUGUAGUUAUUAAAUCGCUCAUCGAAUGCACUAAAGUGACAGAAGCGACGUCUAAGUGGGCGGAGUCUAGACGUGACGCCGUUAUAGGAUUGACUGAAGUUUGUCAGACGCUGGGAGUUGUAGGAGGAGUGGAAAAGUAUGUUGAAGAAAUCGUGGAUGCGUUACUAGACUGCAUGUCGGAGUAUACGAUUGAUAUGAGAGGCGAUAUAGGCGCUUGGGUUCGAGAAGCAAGCAUGACCGGUUUGCUGUGCGUGUGCCGGCAGUGUGCCGCGGAGGCGCCGCAGCAGAACAGCGAGCGCGUUGUGCGCGGCGCGCUGUGCGGCGCAGCGCAGCAGGCCGUCGAGAAGAUCGACCGCACGCGCGCGCACGCCGGCCGCGUGUUCACCGCCUUCAUAUACAAUGACCCAGUUAUAACGAACAUUCCCCACCAUGACGCCUUAAAACGCAUCUUUCCCUACGAUGAAGUAGAACUCAGGCAACCGAAGGACGUCGUGGAGGACUUUGAGCAGACAACUGUCAGCGAGAACUCCAAUGUGGUGCUAUGGUUGUUCCCCGGACACACGAUGCCGCGAUUCGUACAGCUGCUCGGCUUUCCUACCUAUAGGUACAGCGUGAUAAAGGGAUUGAUCGUGAGUGGUGGGGAGCUGACUGAAAGUUUAGUGAAACAUACAACGCAGUCUCUGUACGCAUAUUUAAAUACUCUACAUGACGAUAAGGAUACGUUGAAAUCGAUCUGUGAUACGAUCAUCGAGGUAUUCGCGGAUAAUCUGCACGUGAAACGGAUCACCGGUCCUAUGUUCAACUUUUUAGACCGACUGCUUAGUUCAGGUUCUAUAUCACCAAUUUUAGAUGAUCCGGAGUCGACGUUUGCUGCUAAUAUAUUGAAAUAUCUACAAUUGGAGCUUCGCGGAGGGAAAAAUAUUUACAAACUUUUGGAUUCCAUCAAUGUUCUGUGUCAGUUAAUACAGGUGGGCGGCGCGGUGUGCGGCAAGGCACUGGGGCAGCUGGUGAUCUACCUGUGCUACACGGACCGCUACGUGCGACGUUGCGCGGCGGCGCGGCUCUACGAGGCGCUCACGCUCUACGGCGACGCCUGCGCCGCACCGCACGAUAACAUCGAACAGGUAAUGAAUAUACUUGCCGAAACAGAUUGGGAAAAAGACGUUGCCGAAUUGAGGCCCAUAAGGAACGAGUUGUGCGAUCUGAUGAACAUAAAGCGACCCGUGUUGAAACAAAAGGCCCCUUAG